GACACAAUAGCUCCCGUUCCAUAGACGUAGCUCCUCCCUGUGUAUGUGUGAGAGUGUGUGUGUAGCGGGUGGGUGACAGCUGGGCUCGCUGCGCUCCGCUCCAGUCUGGUAAGAAGCUUCAUCUCCAAAUAGGAUGACCGUCGGCUUUUGUGGAAGGGACUGCGUUCAGCUCCGUAGCUAGUUCUGGGACUCCCGCCUUGGUUCCGUCCGUUCAGUUUACCUGAGAGGAGUUUAAGAACCAGAACGUCGUUUUUUUUUUGCUCUCCCUAAGUGUGGAUUCCCGAUGGAUAUUCCGAUUUGAAGAGGUGUGAUUUGAGCGCGGCAUGUAACAAAAAGAAGCGCAAGAGAAAAGUAGCGCUCGUAUUGUUAUUCUGAAGCGAGCACCCGUCUGAACUGCUCUGAGAGACGUAUCUCAUGGAUUACUAAAAGGAAGAGCUGUGAAACCACUCCGAGGCAUAUCCAUUCAUGAGCUGAAGGCUGAGACAAAUCUGUAGCAGAGGACCAGCAGCAGCAGCAGUGUUGGUGCGACCAUGAGGUCAGAGGCCUUGUUACUCUACUUCACGCUACUGCAAAUAGCCGGGGCGGGCUUCCCCGAAGACAGCGAACCUAUUAGCAUCUCACACGGCAACUACACAAAGCAGUAUCCAGCAUUUGUGGGCCACAAACCUGGAAGGAACAACACGCAGCGGCACAAACUGGACAUCCAGCUUAUCAUGAUCAUGAACAGGACGUUAUACAUCGCUGCUAGGGAUCACAUAUACACGGUGGACACGGACACUGCCAACAGUGACGAGAUCUUUUUCAGUAAGAAAAUGACAUGGAAGUCCAGACAGGCAGAUGUGGACACCUGCAGAAUGAAAGGGAAGCAUAAGGAUGAGUGUCACAAUUUCAUCAAAGUACUCCUGCAGCAAAAUGACGACACCUUGUUUGUUUGCGGAACGAAUGCUUUCAACCCUUCCUGUCGAACCUACAAGAUGGACACCCUGGAGGCUCUGGGAGAGGAGAUCAGUGGGAUGGCACGCUGUCCAUAUGAUGCCAAGCACGCCAACGUCGCCCUCUUUGCCGAUGGCAAGCUGUACUCGGCCACCGUAACAGACUUUCUCGCGAUCGAUGCGGUCAUCUAUCGUAGCCUUGGAGACAGCCCGACUCUGCGCACUGUCAAACACGACUCCAAAUGGCUGAAAGAGCCCUAUUUCGUCCAGGCUGUCGAUUAUGGGGACUUCAUCUACUUCUUCUUUCGCGAAAUUGCGAUGGAGUACAACACGAUGGGAAAGGUGGUGUUUCCUCGGGUGGCGAGGGUUUGUAAGAACGACCGAGGAGGCUCGCCUCGUGUCCUGGAGAAGCAGUGGACCUCGUUUCUCAAGUCUCGGAUGAACUGCUCCAUCCCUGGCGACUCCCAUUUCUACUUCAACAUCCUGCAGGCAGUAACCGACGUCAUUCACAUCAAUGGCAGAGAUGUCGUCAUGGCAACUUUCUCCACUCCUUACAACAGUAUUCCAGGUUCAGCUGUGUGUGCCUACGACAUGGCGGAGGUGGCCAACACGUUCACGGGGCGUUUCAAAGAGCAGAAAUCCCCAGACUCCACCUGGACGCCUUUUCCCGAAGAGAAGGUUCCAAAGCCGAGGCCUGGGAGCUGUGCCGGCACUCCAUCCAUGGAGAGGUACAAGGUAUCCAAUGAGUUCCCCGACGACACACUCAACUUCAUCAAGAUGCAUCCUCUGAUGGAUGAGGCCGUGCCCUCCAUCGCUAACAGGCCCUGGUUUCUCAAGACCAUGGUUCGGUAUCGUCUGACGCGCAUCGUGGUGGACAGCGAGGCCGGUCCCAACAAGAACCACACAGUGGUGUUCCUGGGAUCUGAGAAAGGCAUCAUCCUCAAGUUCUUGGCCAAAAUGAAUAAUGGUUUCCUCAACGACAGCCUGUUUUUAGAGGAGCUCAACGUCUACAACCCUGACAAGUGCAGUAUUGAUGGUGUGGAAGACAAGCGCAUUGUCGGUAUGCAGAUAGACAGCAAGAGCCAUGCUCUGUGGGUCGCCUUCACUUCCUGUGUGGUUAAAGUGCCACUGUCGCGCUGUGAAAGGCACGGACGAUGCAAGAAGUCCUGUAUAGCCUCCAGAGACCCGUACUGUGGUUGGGUAUCAGAAGGGGCCUGCAGGCAGGUGGUCGGCAACACCAAAUCAGCCUUUGAGCAGGACGUGGAGCAUGGUAACACAGAUGGCCUGGGAGACUGCCAAAGUAAAUUACACUUUGUGGCUCUGAAUGACAUCCCUUCCAGUUACCAAGGCCACCAUCACCACCACCAUCACCACACCCUCUCACUUCCCACCUCGGCCCUCCCCGAGGCCGCGGAGGGGCCCUGGGGGAAGGACCCCCCCAUGAGUUCAGACAAAGGGGAGGACCCCUACGUGGCCGUGCCCUCUCAGACUCAGCCCGAAGCCAAUGGUGUGAUCCGUGAGAGCUACCAGAAGGGUCGGGACCAGCUCGUUCCUGUGACCCUGUUGGCCAUCGCCGUCAUCCUCGCGUUUGCGAUGGGUGCCAUCUUCUCUGGCAUCAUCGUCUACUGUGUCUGUGAUCACCGGCGGCGAGACAUCGACCUGACAGGCCGCAAGGAAAAGGACGGCCACCACCUACACUCCCGACGGGGAUCCAUGAACAGUGUGACCAAGCUCACCGGCCUGUUUGAGACGCAGGCCAAAGACGGUCGCCCCGAGGCCAUCCUCACCCCUUUGAUGCACAACGGGAGACUGACACCAAAUGGGAAGAUGCUGAUAAAAGCAGACCAGCAUCACCUGGACCUUGCUGCUCUGCCAACGCCUGAAUCCACUCCCAUGCAGCCUCGUCGUAAGCCCAGCCGGGGCAGCCGUGAGUGGGAGAGAAACCAGAACCUCAUCAACGCUUGCACCAAGGACAUGCCACCUAUGGGCUCCCCUGUCAUCUCUACAGACCUGCCCCUGAGGGCCUCACCGGGGCACAUCCCAAGCGUGGUAGUCCUACCUCUGCCGCAGCAUCAGCACCAGCUCCAGCCUCACCUGCAGCAGCACCAGCAGUCCUACCAGCAUGAGUACGUGGAGCAGCCACAUCACAGCGACCUGGGCCACGGUGUCAUGGACGACCAGGGGGCCACCCUGGAGUACAAGACAGUGAAGAGCCCAUGUCACAACCUCAACAUGGUGGAUCCAGAUGGGGUGCUGCCACCCCGCGUGCCCCAGCGAGAGGCCUCACUUACAAUCCCUCCUGCUGUCCCACAGAUGGGCAAACGCCUGGAGGUCCACUCGUCGGUCUACGGGCUCCGGAAAGGAUCGGCGUCUGCUGCUUCUGGAUCAUCCGUCCUAAAGAAGCACAACACCAACUCAUCUAACUCCUCCCAUUUGGCGAGACAUCACAGCUUCAACCGUGUGGAGACUCCACCGCCUGCACCUCAGCGGGUGGACUCCAUACAAAUGACAGCACAGGGCAUAUCUCUGUCCCGGCAGCCUGGAAUGAGUUCCUACGGUUCACUGCCUCGAACGGGCAUCAAGCAUCUCAGGCCUGAUGUCCCACCUAAACCCUCCGUAGUCUCACUCUCGACAAAAGUCAAGUCCAGUGACUCCGGCACAUAGUCAGUUUACUUGCCUGUCAGUCCAAUGUGAAAAGACAGUAGUGAAAGGUGUUUUCUGAAAGAGAGAAAAAAAAACAGGGAUUACUGUACAACUUGCAUCUCCUUUUAGUGUUUUUGUUUGUUUUUGGUGUACAUUACAGUGGAAAAUGCAACACAGUUUUUUUUAAGAAAACACUUUCUUUUUAUAUAAAUAUGUAAAUAUACAAUGGUUGUCGUCAUUUGUUGCCGUCAUUGAGCUCUUGCUCUGGCCGGCUCCCGGUUCCGGUGUAAACACACACGUAGGAACGUGUGCUACUGAAAAAGAAGAUGAUGCUCGUCCUGAUUACUUCAUCCAUCGACACCCUGUAGCAUUCAAGACAGUGGCUCUCUUGUUUGUGGUGUCUUUGGUCACGGGGACUCAAAACUUUAUCAUGCUGGCAAAAGCACAUAAGAAAACAGCGCGGAGGGUUGGAGAAUAAUCGUUGUACAGUACCUUGAGGACUGGAGAAUCUGAGCGAACAAGCACUCAGAGAGAUUGGACUGAAAGGACAGACAGCUGCCUGGGGUUUGUCGUAAACUGUGAAAAGCCUCUCAGUGUUACAGCAAUCAAGUCCUGUCUGGGUUUGACUCAGAAGCCUGGGUCAGAAGAAUCUUCUACUGUACUGGUUACUGAUUAACACAUGACUGUUAAUACUAAUAGCUUGUUGUAUUUAUUUUUAUUAAGUGCUUUUGGAAAAAAAAUGGACUGACUUUCUAGACUUGGGGAGAGAGAGAGGACAAAGAAGAGAUCUUUUAAUAUUAAUUAAUCACGUGUGAGAAAAAAAAUAUUUAAAGUCAUUAAACUGGAGCCAGUAGAACUUUCUUGAUGACUAAAGGUCCACUCGGUCUUACUGUGUGCUCAGUGGGACCUGCAGCUUGAGAUAUGCGUGACGAGGAGGAGAUAUUUAUUUAAACUGUGCCAGACCAGGACUUUUACCUUUACGGACCAGAAUUUCCAUUGUUUUAGACCAAUCAUUAAAAAAAGAGACUUCCUGAAUCUCACCCUUUCACUCCUCCAAUGAGCAUCUCCCCUUCAACCCCAAUCAGCACUGUGGUUUUGUGUGAGUCAGAAACAUUCGUCUUGAUUGGUUGCUGGCUUACCGGUGCCAUCAAAGCUCACUGUUGCAUGUUGCAAAUCCAAGAGAAGCAGCUGCGGCAACAGUGCAGGAAAUCUGCAUACACACAUUGAAAAAGAAGCUGCAAGUGAGGCUGCAAGCAAACGGAGCGAUGCGCCUCCAACCUCGGAACGUAUCGUCUUUUUCUCGCAGCGUCGCGCAGAUGAGCAGGCGAAAAAAGAAAAGCGUUUCAAAACAUCUGUAUUGCCUGCUUCUUUUUUCCACAUGUAAAUUUGUGCCUUACACCCUGAAGUAGUAACAAUGUUUUCUUUUAAUAGCUGUUAACUUUGUCUCCUUGUUGUAUUUUUUAUUUUUUCUUACGUCAUGAUAUUUCCCUGGUUUGAUAAAAAUGCAAUUAAAGAAUGUAGGUGUUAUUGUUGUAAUUCUGGUCCCUAGACAUAACACACUUACAGUCCGGGGAGGAAAGAGAGGAAGGGAGCAGUUCCUUUUCUUCUUUUUCUCUCUGGCGCACACACACAUAUAUACACACGCAGACACACACACACUCAUCUUUGUGGUUCAUUUCUGAUUGUGCCAUUAAUGCGCUUAAAGCAACCCUUUAUGUUGUGCUGGCAGUGUCGAUGAAGACGUUGUGAGUGUUUUUUGAUUUUCUAUUUUCUACGAUUUAAAAGUCCUGGUAUUUGUUUUUACUUGUUUUUUUUGCUGUCUUGUUUGUUUGGAGUGACGGUUAAUUGACUGAUAAACUGAACAAUUAACAUUUGUUACUUGAGAAGGCCAACGUAUGUGUAUCUCUCUGGUGCACUGCAAUAAUAAUACAACGACAACACUGCAGUAAACGUACAGUAUAUGGAUACACAUGAGCACCCGGUGUACUAGCACGACUCUAGGCUUCUUGAGUGCAUCGUAACAUUCAUUUGUUAGGCAGUUAAACAGGCUGGUUCCUGUGAAGAAAGUUGUAAAACGACAAUAUUAAAAAUGAUCUAACCCCCUUUUUUAUGUAAGAGAAAACAGUUUGUGGAAGCUUAGCUCUUAUUUUCACUAACUCUCAUUAUCAAGGCCUUAUGAACGGCUGAGAGUUUGACUAAUCAGACCUUUUUUUUUUUUUUUUUUUUUGCUUUCACUUCCUUUUUACUUGAGGAUUCUUAUUGACCACCCCACCCCCUCACCUGAACACUUAAAUCAGUGGAGCACUCCCUUAGUGUUGUAUGUGUAGAUAGGUGAAAAGUUUUCUUGAUAUCAAGCAAUUUUUUUUCAGUUUCUCAAUGGAGGAAAGCCAACUAUGUCUCAAUCCACAGCUAAAUUAAGAAGGAACGUGGAGGAUCUGUAACGCGACUACCAUGUUGUACAUACGGUAGAUGCAGGGUUCAGUUCAGCCGGGAGGAAGGUUUCCCAUCAGAAACAUGGUCUGGGGUCAUUUGAAGCUAUUAUCCCAUUAAUUAAUUAAAGCUUUCAUCUUCAAAGUGCACAAGACCCAAGAUUACAACCACUGCGUUGUAAACUGGUGACUGGACACAAACUUAGGCCCCGUUUACUCCCUCCAGUGUAUUGAGUGCAUGAACCAGCAACUUGCCCAGACCUGGAAUAAUGUUGAUCUGCUGGACGAAACAUUUCUUCUUCUGUUGCGUUUGCUCUCGCCUGGGAGAACUGUCAUUUCUGUGCAGAAUGUGAACAAGAAAACCUGUCGAGGUCAGAAGGUUAAAUGUCCACAUCCUGCGUAGAUGAGUUAUUUUAGCUGCGGGUGCAUUUAAGAUUCAGCAACGUCAUGCGUCCUGAUAACUGAGGAGGGUUUGAACAUUUUACAGACUGGAUUAGGUUUGACUGUGAAGGCUGCUGUGGACAGUGAGGUUCUUUGGUGUGUGCCUUUUUUGUCUUUCACCCUUGUUAUAAUACACUGCUAUUAGAUGCAAAUCGACUCUCUUCUCAAACUUUUGAACUUUGUAAGCUUGUAAGAUAUUGUGACGUCACAAAGUUUUUUGCCCUACUCUCUCCACUUCCUUAACAUCUGAUUCACAGCUUAAUGUAUGUUGUAAAGAAAAAAACUCUUUAAUUUAAUGCAAAAUGUAAUUAAAAAAAGAAAAUAAAAUUCUUGUCAUGAA